UGUAAAACUGGUUAUUGACUGAUACUUAUUAGACUAUAAAAUCAAGAUUAUGGGCCUAAGAAAUGCAUCUGUGGCUUAGUAAUAAUUACAAGAAUAAUGGUAGUAACAAUAACUAAGAGCUCUAUUUAUACUAGACACUAGGCUAACUCCUUUCCAUAUACAGUCUAAUGUAUUCCUUGUGACAAUCCUGUAUGAUAGGUUCCAUUACUACUGGAGAGGGAAAUGAGUACUUUUCCAAGGGUUAAUACUUAGUAUGUGGUAAGUCAUGAUUCAGUGAACUUAGAGUUUACUGGAAAUGAAGAUGAAAGGACACACAUAGAUUUCACACAAGAUAGAAUGAGUGCUAUAGGAGAGGCACAUACAAAGUAUCAUUAUCUAAGAUUGUUCACCUAUCUUUUGAUUCAUUCAUGUAUUUGUACAGCUAUACUCCCAGUGUUCAUAUAUUCCCCAUGUACUUUUACCCAGAAUUCUAGAGCUGGCAGAUCCUUGGUUCACUGCUUCCAUCCAUUGCCGGAAUCCCUUUCUACACCAUCCCUGGGAUCUUGGUCACAGAACCCUGUUGCUGAGUACCUUUAGGGAUAAACACGCUCCCUAUAGGCAGGUGUAUCUGCUGCUCAGGUUGCAUAGAUGGGAGUUGAGCUACACUUGGUUUCCCUGUACCUUCCAAUCUUGGUUUUUCCCAGUAUAGCCAGUUAACAGUUUAGGAUCAUCCUUUUACAACAAGCUUACACUGUCAGAGGCCAUUGUUUAGCUCCAUCCCAUCUCUACAUGUCUUUUUUUCAUAGUUAAUAUUGCAGUGUUUCUGUGAAGUUAAAACUACGUAAUCAUGUAACUUGUUUAGAAGAGUGCACAAUGCAUAAUAAGCAAUCUGUAAAGAAUAGAUGAUAAUAAUGCUAAUAAUAACAUAAUUGUUAUUUAUUGGAUUAGGCAUAGUUUAUAGAAUUCUUCCUCUCCUGGUUGGCCACAUUUUGUAUAAAAUGAUUUAGAUAUAGAUGCCAGCUUUCCUUAAAUAUGUUACUGUUAAUAGGACACAGGGUUUCAGGUUCACUUGUGUAUAUCAUUAAAAUGAGCCCAAUAAAUUAAACUCAGGUUUAAUGAUUGACUUAAUUGGUAGGGAUAUUGGCAAUGCCCAUUCUUGCAUACAUAAUUCCUGGGUUCUGCUUCGUGGAGUCGUUAUAUUUAAAUACCCUUUUAAAAACCUAAACCACUGCCUGGCUGUGUGAUUGCCCCAUAGAAAAUAGCAAUAAUGAAAAGAAUAAAAAGAGAAAGGUGGAAACUCACUUGAACAAAAUAGAAGCCAUUUCAAAGAUACAACCCUACAUAAGAAUGAGGGAAGGGAAAUAAAUACAUGUACCUAAAGCAUGACCAAUGAUCAUGCAGCUCCUCCAUUCAAAGGCUUAACCUACUUUUUUUUUAAUUAAGCAUACCAACUCUUUGUUUCUAACAGAAUAAAAUUGUAAUAAAACAAAAAGGUUUCACUACAGACCAAAGCCAGACAGCUGCUUAAAAGAUGACAAAAUGUGCAGCUCCCUGGAGCCUAAAGUCUCUUUUAAGGUUGAUUAUGAAUGACGCGUCCAGGCGGGGAGUCUUCCAGGAGGAAAUACAUCUUUGUCUGGGGUUAGGUCAAGGGCUAGACUCCCAGGGCUCUAGUGAACCUUGAGGAGAAAUCUCUGAGGCAGAGUCCAGACAGAUGAAGUCACUAGAUCCUCAGAAGGGGGAGGAGAAGAUAAAACCUCACCCUGGACUGAUGUUCAGUUGCAAGACUUUUCUGGCAAAGGAUAUGCCCAAACUUGUUCUCUCCUGGUUUGCCUACUGUUCGUGGGCACCCAUGCAACCCAUGUGGUUCUAAAGUCUGAAGUUGAGAUACAAUACCAAGAAAUGGUAACAUCAGUGGCCCCCCCAGUGCCAUUUAAAUAUCUUUUUAUAUUCUUGUAUGUUGCUUUUGAAGGGUGGAUAUUCUAGGAUGUGGCCUUGUAGAAAAAUGUCUUUUUCAGGCUAUAUGGAAUCUUAACAUCAUCUAGUCCAAUCAUGUCAUUUUGCAGAUGAGGAAACAGGCUGAGAGAGAGGGGACUUGCCCAGAGUUACUCAGCUAGUCAGUAACAGACAACAGUGGAGCUUGGGAUUGGCAAACACGUUGCCUGUUUACAGCAUAGAGACCACAAUGGAGAGCUAGCUUAGAAACAGCCUUCAUGUUCCCAGCCUGACACCAGAGAUGACUCUCCUUGGGAUCCACUUCUCUUACUAUUUGAACUCCAGAAGGACCAACACCAGAUAAAUUAUGAAUGUUGAACAAGAUGACCUUACAUCCACAGCAGAUAAUGAUAGGUCCUAGGUUUAACAGGGCCCUAUUCGACCCCCUGCUUGUGGUGCUGCUGGCUCUUCAACUUCUUGUGGUGGCUGGUCUGGUGCGGGCUCAAACCUGCCCUUCUGUCUGCUCCUGCAGCAACCAGUUCAGCAAGGUGAUUUGCGUCCGGAAAAACCUACGUGAGGUUCCAGAUGGCAUCUCCACCAACACUCGACUGCUGAACCUCCAUGAGAACCAAAUCCAGAUCAUCAAAGUGAAUAGCUUCAAGCACUUGAGGCACCUGGAAAUCCUACAAUUGAGUAGGAAUCAUAUUAGAACAAUUGAAAUUGGGGCCUUCAAUGGUCUGGCAAACCUCAAUACUCUGGAACUCUUUGACAAUCGUCUUACCACCAUCCCAAAUGGAGCUUUUGUAUAUUUGUCUAAACUGAAGGAGCUCUGGUUGAGAAACAACCCCAUUGAAAGCAUUCCUUCUUAUGCUUUUAACAGAAUCCCCUCUUUGCGCCGACUAGACUUAGGGGAAUUGAAAAGGCUUUCAUACAUCUCAGAAGGUGCCUUUGAAGGUCUGUCCAACUUGAGAUAUUUGAACCUUGCCAUGUGCAACCUCCGUGAAAUCCCUAACCUUACACCUCUCAUAAAACUAGAUGAGCUGGAUCUUUCUGGGAAUCACUUGUCGGCCAUCAGGCCUGGCUCUUUCCAGGGACUGAUGCACCUUCAAAAACUGUGGAUGAUACAGUCCCAGAUCCAAGUGAUCGAACGGAAUGCCUUUGAUAACCUUCAGUCACUAGUGGAGAUAAACUUGGCACACAACAAUCUAACAUUACUGCCUCAUGACCUCUUCACACCCUUGCAUCAUCUAGAGCGGAUACACUUACAUCACAACCCUUGGAACUGUAACUGUGACAUACUUUGGCUCAGCUGGUGGAUAAAAGACAUGGCCCCCUCCAACACAGCUUGUUGUGCUCGAUGUAACACCCCUCCCAAUCUGAAAGGGAGGUACAUCGGGGAGCUUGACCAGAAUUAUUUCACAUGCUAUGCUCCUGUGAUUGUGGAGCCCCCAGCUGACCUCAAUGUCACUGAGGGCAUGGCAGCUGAGUUGAAAUGUCGGGCCUCCACGUCCCUGACCUCUGUAUCGUGGAUUACUCCAAAUGGAACGGUCAUGACACAUGGGGCAUACAAAGUGAGGAUAGCUGUGCUCAGUGACGGCACAUUAAAUUUCACGAAUGUAACCGUACAAGAUACAGGCAUGUACACAUGUAUGGUGAGUAAUUCCGUUGGAAAUACCACUGCUUCAGCCACCCUGAAUGUUACUGCAGCAACCACUACUCCCUUCUCUUACUUUUCAACCGUCACAGUAGAGACUAUGGAACCUUCUCAGGAUGAGGCACGGACCACAGAUAACAACGUGGGCCCCACUCCAGUGAUCGACUGGGAGACCACCAACGUGACCACCUCUCUCACGCCACAGAGCACAAGGUCAACAGAAAAAACAUUCACCAUCCCAGUGACUGAUAUAAACAGUGGGAUCCCAGGAAUUGAUGAGGUCAUGAAGACCACCAAAAUCAUCAUUGGCUGUUUUGUGGCCAUCACACUCAUGGCUGCAGUGAUGCUGGUCAUUUUCUACAAGAUGAGGAAGCAGCACCAUCGGCAAAACCAUCACGCCCCUACAAGAACUGUUGAAAUCAUUAAUGUGGAUGAUGAGAUUACAGGAGACACGCCCAUGGAAAGCCACCUGCCCAUGCCUGCUAUUGAGCAUGAGCACCUAAAUCACUAUAACUCUUACAAAUCUCCCUUCAACCACACAACAACAGUUAACACAAUAAAUUCAAUACACAGUUCAGUGCAUGAACCGUUAUUGAUCCGAAUGAACUCUAAAGACAAUGUACAAGAGACUCAAAUCUAAAACAUUUACAGAGUUACAGAAAACAAACAAUAAAAAAAAGACAGUUUAUUAAAAAUGACACAAAUGACUGGGCUAAAUCUACUGUUUCAAAAAAGUGUCUUUACAAAAAAAACAAAAAAGAAAAGAAAUUUAUUUAUUAAAAAUUCUAUUGUGAUCUAAAGCAGACAAAAUUAUGUGUAUUCCUCAGAACCUGUUUUUGCUGCACUUAUUUACUAUUUUCCCACAUUUCAUCCCUGCCUACCCUGGUUGCCAUAUUUUUCAUAGGACAUCUCAAGUCCCUAAAGAACUGGCCUAGGAAAUUUUGUAAGAAUUCUGUUACACUUUGAGGUUUUUAUGGUGAAUUCUAGUGGUGAGAUCCAGUCUAUUUUGUCUUUCUUUCUUUUUUUCCCCCUUUCCUUUUUUUUUCCUCAUGCCCUUAUCAAGUAGUCCAAUGGGGAAUGCAAUAUUAGAAAUAGAUUUUUAAGAGAGAACGAGAUAAAAAAAAAUGCAAGAUCUUAUAUUUUUCAUGUAAUGACCUGUUCUGUAUUUAUGAGGAGAACCAUUCAAUGGCCAAGCAAAAAGAAAAAAAAAAAAGAAAAAAAAGGAGAAAAAAAAAAAAGAAAAAAAAACGUAAGCAAACAACAGAUUAAUUUACAUAUGAGCAUCUAUAAAACCCAUGAUCUUUUAAACAACUCUAGAACCAGAAUUUGUAGUUCAAAAACUAAAAAAAAUAAGGUUAUAAAUAAAAUAUUGUUGGUUUUUCUGUACCUGGACACAACUCAUUUGUAGUAUGGCUCAAAUGUGAGAAACUUGAAGGUAAUUAGAUUUUCUACUUUCUAAGAAAGAAACAAAUUAUUGUAUUCUUCAGUCACAGCAUCAAUCUCUAUGGGGUCCUAUUUCAUUAGCUGACUUGAGUGUUGGAUCUAUAUUCAGGGAUGCUGUGGUAUUUUUUUUC